AAUGAACUGAUAUCGCUCGUCCUCAUCACAGUCCAAUCCUCGAUCAGAUUGAAACCAGCAUUCCCCGAUGCAUCUUUUCAAAGCAGAGCCUUUGACUCACGUAGAUUUCAUUCUCCGCCGGUCGGCUCCGAGCUACUGGCGAUAAUAAAAGGUAACAAAGCGAAAUCUCUCAUAGACCCACGCUUCAAACACUCUUGAGGCGGCCUACGAUGUCUAGGAUCAACGACCCAAUCUAUAUCUCGUCGCAAGAAACCCUUGACGCCCUCACAGCGCAAAUUCACGGAUACAUUGCAGGCAUCGUCUCAGCCGAAAGUGGUUCAAGAAACGCUUCGUUUAUGCAAGAUGAAAUCAGAAUAUUCAAGGAAUAUCUCGAGCGACUACAUCUCCUGCCUGGCGAUCAAAGGACCUUUGUCAGUACCCUCAUCGUCAAGAUCAUCGGAGAUCUUCCAGGAUCCAGGGCCCGUGCAGCCAUCUUGAAUAUGUGGAAGAGCUAUGAGGCAAGAUCUCGUGAGCGCCGUCGUGGCCGCGCACCCAUUCCAGCGCAGUAUACGCAGCCAGUGCCUCUGCCUGUUGAACCGUACGCUCGGGAACCGUCUCUGUUCUCUAUCGACCUGUCUUCCGGUAGCAGUCAACACUCGCAGAUCUCUAGCUAUCAUUCCGCGCGUUACCCGACGAUGCCAAUGGGGCUGUCUGGUCACUCGUAUGGUGCGAGGAUCAACCUGCCCGUUCCGGCUGGGACACCUGGAUUUUCGCCGCCACGCACGUCUGCGGACUCUGGAAACAGCGAACAAUGGCCUAUCCCUGGGCCUGUGAACAACGAUCAUCUUUACGCACUUCCCAAUCCGCAUCAUGGACGCAUGCAAGAAGCGAUCUAUCGACAGAAUGUUGGCAAACCUGGCUGGUAUUCUCCAUUGCCGCCGCCGCAUCGGGACCAUCGGGACCCUGAUUAUCCCACCGGCGUCGUCUUUGGCACUCCGGACAGCGGGCAUCAUGCCAGCUCGAGCUAUGGUGGAAACCCGCAAUAGGCUAUCACGAAGAUGCCUCGCAUCGUGCUUUCUCUGACUCUCGUUGUGUCUAUGCUUUUCAUGUUCUCUGUAACACAAUCUUAUCCCGCGCAAUGGAAGACCUCUUGGUCGUCCUUUCAUUCGAACUGUUCGG